AUGGACAGGAAGGAGACGUCGCCGCCGGCUACGAGGAAGCGGAAGUGGACUGAAGAUGAAGAAGAUCUGUUGCAAGAUCACGCCAUUAAUAACACCAACUGGAACAUCAUAAGCAAGGAAUUCCCAGGGAGAACAAUGGAAUCUUGUCGCGGUCGCUGGUACGAAAAUCGACAUAAUUGGGCAACUAUUGCCAGAUUUCUUCCAGCUCCAAUCACAGGGAUAGGGACGGCCCAAUCGUAUAAUUCAUGCCGUUACAGACCUCCUCUUCCUGCAUCUGCAUCAAUGGCUUCAUCAUCAUCAUCACUUUAUCAUCAUGGUGUGAAGGUCUUGUUCCCACUGACGCCUGGCGUCAAGGAAAGUAGUAUGAAGAAGAACGACGGCGACGCGGCGAUGAGGGACUGUUGGGAUGGUGAUGGCGAUGACAAUGACAGAACAGCUCUGACAUUAAAGCCGCCGGGAACUUAUCCAUGUUAG